CCGCCCUCGGACCGGCCCGCUGGCCCGCGCGCCCGCAGCCCGACCGACCGCGAGCCGCGAGCCCCGGCGCGGGGGCGCCCGUCCGCGCAGAGGAGGAAGAGGAUGGCAGGGCCACAUCCCAGCCCGUGGACCAGGCUGCUACUGGCAGCCCUGCUGAGCACCAGCCUCCCUGGGGCCAUGGCCAACCGCUGCAAGAAGGCUCAGGUGAAGAGCUGCACUGAGUGCGUGCGCGUGGACAAGGACUGCGCCUACUGCACGGACGAGAUGUUCAAGGACCGGCGCUGCAACACCCAGGCAGAGCUGCUAGCCGCGGGCUGCCGGCGGGAGAGCGUGGUGGUCAUGGAGAGCAGCUUCCAGAUCUUGGAGGAGUCCCAGAUCGACGUCAACCUGCAGCGCAGCCAGGUGUCCCCCCAGAGCCUGCGGGUCCGCCUGCGGCCGGGCGAGGAGCAGCACUUCGAGCUGGAGGUGUUCGAGCCCAAGGAGAGCCCUGUGGACCUGUACAUCCUCAUGGACUUCUCCAACUCCAUGUCCGACGAUCUGGACAACCUCAAGCAGAUGGGGCAGAACCUGGCCCGGGUCCUGAGCGAUCUCACCCGUGACUACACUAUUGGAUUUGGCAAGUUUGUGGACAAAGUCACCGUCCCUCAGACGGACAUGAGGCCUGAGAAGCUGAAGGAGCCCUGGCCCAACAGCGACCCCCCCUUCUCCUUCAAGAACGUCAUCAGCCUGACGGAGGACGUGGAGGAGUUCCGGAACAAGCUGCAGGGAGAGCGCAUCUCGGGCAACCUAGAUGCUCCUGAGGGCGGCUUCGACGCCAUCCUGCAGACGGCUGUGUGCACGAGUGCCAUCGGCUGGCGCCCCGACAGCACCCACCUGCUGGUCUUCUCCACCGAGUCGGCCUUCCACUACGAGGCUGACGGCGCCAACGUGCUGGCUGGCAUCAUGAGCCGCAACGACGAGAGGUGCCACCUGGACGCCACGGGCACCUACACCCAGUACAAGACGCAGGACUACCCGUCGGUGCCCACCCUGGUGCGCGUGCUUGCCAAGCACAACAUCAUCCCCAUCUUCGCCGUCACCAACUACUCCUACAGCUACUACGAGAAGCUGCACACGUACUUCCCCGUCUCCUCGCUGGGGGUGUUGCAGGAGGACUCAUCCAACAUCGUGGAGCUGCUGGAGGCGGCCUUCGAGCGCAUUCGCUCCAACCUGGACAUUCGGGCCCUGGACAGCCCCCGAGGCCUGCGGACAGAGGUCACCUCCAAGAUGUUCGAAAAGACAAAGACGGGGUCCUUUCACAUUCAGCGGGGGAGAGUGGGCACAUACCAAGUGCACCUUCGGGCCAUCGAAGAUGUGGAUGGGACACAUGUGUGCCAGCUGCCAAUGGAGGACCAGAAGGGCAACAUCCACCUGAAACCUUCCUUCUCCGAUGGCCUCAGGAUGGACGUGGGCAUCAUCUGUGACGUGUGCGCCUGCGAGCUGCAAAAAGAGGUGCAGUCGGCUCGCUGCAACUUCAAGGGGGACUUCACGUGCGGACACUGUGUGUGCAGUGAGGGCUGGAGCGGCAAGACCUGCAACUGCUCCACGGGCUUGCUGAGCGACAUGCAGCCCUGCCUGCGGGAGGACGAGGACAAGCCGUGCUCAGGCCGAGGGGAGUGCCAGUGCGGGCACUGUGUGUGCUACGGCGAAGGCCGCUACGAGGGCCAGUUCUGCGAGUACGACAACUACCAGUGUCCCCGCACCUCCGGCUUCCUCUGCAAUGACCGGGGACGCUGCUCCAUGGGCCAGUGUGUGUGUGAGCCUGGUUGGACAGGACCAAGCUGUGACUGUCCCCUCAGCAAUGCCACCUGCAUCGACAGCAAUGGGGGCAUCUGUAAUGGGCGUGGCCACUGUGAGUGUGGCCGCUGCCACUGCAACCAGCAGUCACUGUACACGGACACCACCUGCGAGAUCAACUACUCGGCGAUCCGCCUGGGCCUCUGCGAGGACCUGCGCUCCUGUGUGCAGUGCCAGGCCUGGGGCACCGGGGAGAAGAAGGGGCGCACGUGCCAGGAGUGCAGCUUCAAGGUCAAGAUGGUGGAUGAGCUUAAGAAAGCGGAGGAGGUGGUGGAGUACUGCUCCUUCCGGGACGAGGACGACGACUGCACCUACAGCUACACCGUGGAGGGCGACGGCACCCCCGGGCCCAACAGCACCGUCCUGGUGCACAGGAAGAAGGACUGUCCUCCCAGCUCCUUCUGGUGGCUCAUCCCCCUGCUCCUCUUCCUCCUGCUGCUCCUGGCCCUGCUGCUGCUGCUCUGCUGGAAGUACUGUGCCUGCUGCAAGGCCUGCCUGGCACUUCUCCCUUGCUGCAACCGAGGCCACAUGGUGGGCUUUAAGGAGGACCACUACAUGCUGCGGGAGAACCUGAUGGCCUCCGACCACCUGGACACGCCCAUGCUGCGCAGCGGGAACCUCAAGGGGCGUGACACCGUGCGCUGGAAGAUCACCAACAACGUGCAGCGGCCUGGCUUUGCCACCCAUGCCGCCAGCACCAACCCCACGGAGCUGGUGCCCUACGGGCUGUCCCUGCGCCUUGCCCGUCUCUGCACUGAGAACCUGAUGAAGCCCAGCACUCGAGAAUGCGGCCAGCUGCGCCAGGAGGUGGAGGAGAACCUGAACGAGGUGUACAGACAGAUCGCGGGUGCACACAAGCUCCAGCAGACCAAGUUCCGGCAGCAGCCCAACGCCGGGAAGAAGCAAGACCACACCAUUGUGGACACGGUGCUGACGGCGCCCCGCUCGGCCAAGCAGGCCCUGCUGAAGCUCACGGAGAAGCAGGUGGAACAGGGGGCCUUCCACGAGCUCAAGGUGGCGCCCGGCUACUACACCCUCACCGCGGACCAGGAUGCCCGGGGCAUGGUGGAGUUCCAGGAGGGUGUGGAGCUGGUGGACGUGCGUGUGCCCCUCUUCAUCCGGCCCGAGGACGACGACGAGAAGCAGCUGCUGGUGGAGGCCAUCGACGUGCCUGUGGGCACCGCCACCCUCGGCCGCCGCCUGGUGAACAUCACCAUCAUCAAAGAGCAAGCCAGCGGGGUGGUGUUCUUUGAGCAGCCUGAGUACUCCGUCAGCCGCGGGGAGCAAGUGGCCCGCAUCCCCGUGGUCCGCCGCAUCCUGGACAGCGGCAAGUCCCAGGUCUCCUACCGCACGCAGGACAACACGGCGCAGGGCAACAGGGACUACAUCCCCGCGGAGGGCGAGCUGCUGUUCCACCCAGGUGAGACCUGGAAGGAGCUGCAGGUGAAGCUCCUGGAGCUGCAGGAGGUCGACUCCCUCCUGCGGGGCCGCCAGACCUGCCGCUUCCACAUCCAACUCAGCAACCCCAAGUUUGGGGCCCGCCUGGGCCAGCCCCACUCGGCCACCGUCAUCAUCGGGGACCGGGACAGAGAUGAACUGGACCGGAACUUGGUGAUCCCCACCGGGUCAUCACCACCAUCCUCCCACGGCAACCUGGGUGCCCCACAGAACCCCAAUGCCAAGGCCGCUGGGUCCCGGAAGAUCCAUUUCAACUGGCUGCCCCCUCCUGGCAAGCCGAUGGGGUACAGGGUGAAGUACUGGAUCCAGGGUGACUCCGAGUCAGAAGCCCACCUGCUCGACAGCAAGGUACCCUCGGUGGAGCUCACCAACCUGUACCCACACUGUGACUAUGAGAUGAAGGUGUGUGCCUACGGGGCACAAGGCGAGGGUCCCUACAGCUCCCUGGUGUCCUGCCGUACCCACCAGGAAGUCCCCAGUGAGCCAGGGCGGCUGGCCUUCAACGUCGUCUCCUCCACGGUGACCCAGGUGAGCUGGGCUGAGCCGGCUGAGACCAACGGUGAGAUCACAGCCUACGAGGUCUGCUACGGCCUGGUCAAUGAGGACAACCGACCCAUUGGGCCAAUGAAGAAGGUGCUGGUUGACAACCCCAAGAACCGGAUGCUGCUCAUCGAAAACCUUCGGGAGUCCCAGCCGUACCGCUACACGGUCAAGGCGAGAAAUGGGGCUGGCUGGGGGCCCGAGCGGGAGGCCAUCAUCAACCUGGCCACCCAGCCCAAGCGGCCCAUGUCCAUCCCCAUCAUCCCCGACAUCCCCAUUGUGGACGCCCAGGGUGGGGAGGACUACGAGAGCUUCCUCAUGUACAGCGAUGACGUCCUGCGCUCCCCGUCCGGUAGCCAGAGGCCCAGCGUCUCCGAUGACACUGAGCACCUGGUAAACGGCCGGAUGGACUUUGCCUUCCCGGGUAGCGCCAACUCCCUGCACAGGAUGACGGUGGCCAACGCGGCCUAUGGCACCCACCUGAGCCCACAACUGCCCCACCGAGUGCUGAGCACAUCGUCCACCCUCACACGGGACUACCACUCGCUGACCCGCACAGAGCACUCACACUCGACCAUGCCCAGGGACUACUCCACCCUCACCUCCCUCUCCUCCCACGGCCUCCCUCCCAUCUGGGAACACGGGAGGAGCAGGCUCCCGCUGUCCUGGGCCCUGGGGCCCCGGAGUCGGGCUCAGAUGAAGGGGUCCCCCCACUCCAGGGGCACACGAGAUUCUAUAAUCCUCGUUGGGCAGCCAGCAGCGCCCUCAUGGGGCCCAGACUCUCGGCUGACUUCUGGUGUGCCUGACACCCCCACCCGCCUGGUGUUCUCCGCCCUGGGGCCCACGUCUCUGAAAGUGAGCUGGCAGGAGCCCCAGUGCGAGCGGGCACUGCAGGGCUACAGCGUGGAGUACCAGCUGCUGAGUGGCGGUGAGCUGCACCAGCUCAACAUCCCCAACCCUGGUCAAACCUCAGUGGUGGUGGAAGACCUCCUGCCCAACCACUCCUAUGUGUUCCGCGUGCGGGCCCAGAGCCAGGAGGGCUGGGGCCGAGAGCGCGAGGGGGUCAUCACCAUCGAAUCACAGGUGCACCCGCAGAGCCCACUCUGCCCCCUGCCAGGCUCCGCCUUCACACUGAGCACGCCCAGUGCCCCAGGCCCCCUGGUGUUCACCGCCCUGAGCCCAGACUCACUGCAGCUGAGCUGGGAGCGGCCACGGAGGCCCAAUGGCGACAUCCUCGGCUACCUGGUGACCUGUGAGAUGGCCCAAGGAGGAGGGCCAGCCACCACAUUCCGAGUGGACGGAGACAACCCUGAGAGCCGGCUGACAGUGCCGGGCCUCAGUGAGAACGUGCCUUACAAGUUCAAGGUGCAGGCCAGGACCACCGAGGGCUUUGGGCCAGAGCGUGAGGGCAUCAUCACCAUCGAGUCCCAGGAUGGAGGCCCCUUCCCGCAGCUGGGCAGCCACCCCGGGCUCUUCCAGCACCCACUGCAAGGCGAGUACAGCAGCAUCACCACCACCCACACCAGCACCACCGAGCCCUUCCUAGUGGACGGACUGACCCUGGGGUCCCAGCGCCUGGAGGCAGGUGGUUCCCUCACCCGCCAUGUGACCCAGGAGUUUGUGAGUAGGACGCUAACCACCAGUGGAACACUCAGCACCCAGGUGGACCAACAGUUCUUCCAGACCUGAAUCCCCAGCCCCACCGUAUGCUGGAACCUGGGCCCCGUCCCCACCUCUUUUCCCCGGUGCCGCCUCAGCUACUUCAUCCUUGGACCCCUGGGGGCCCAGCCCCGUCGCAUGCUGAUCCCAGGGCUAGCGCCUCUGGCCACAGAGCAGGAGCAGGUGUCUUCUGGGAGGCAUGAAGCGGACAGAGGUCCCAGAAAGCCCCUCUGGCUGCCCCCACUCUGGGCCUAAACCCAUUUAUAACCAAAGAACCAGGACCAGCGUGACAAGGACAAGCAUUUAAUAAAAUAUUUUGCUACUG